AUGCCUGCACAGCAGUUGCCGCUCAGCGCCUUUCCGGCAUGGGCACGGCUCAACGAAGUGGCUUUGACAAAGGUCACGCUUCAGCAUGUGAACGGCAAAGGCUGCGGCCUCGUGGCGGACGAAGAGAUGGCCAGCUCCUCGGCCGACGCGGCCCCUGCGGUGACGGCGGCGACGACUACCGCCGAUCCUCCUGCUACGGAGCUCAUGAAGAUUCCCCACGAUCUGGUCCUGUCGGCCGAAGCGGUGGAAGAGUAUGCCAAAAUUGAUCAAAAUUUUUCGCUGCUUCGAGACGCGGCCGGACGCAAGGAACGCCCAGGCUGGGCCGAGGGGCAUCACCUCGACGCCGUGGACGACGUACGUCGGCUUCCUACCCCGAGAGGUGCCCGUGCCGACCUUGUGGUCCGAGCAAGAACACAUGCUGCUGAACGGCACUUCGUUGGAGGUGAGCACUCCGGCCCGGAACCACGACGGCGGGCUUGGCGACGGCAGGCAACGACGUGGAGGAAUCUCGUCGCCGCUAACACGCCUCAGGUGGCGCUCGAAGCGAAGCUCUCCACCCUCGCGCGCGAGUUUGACGAGCUCCGCGAGACGAGCCAGGACAUGCCGUUUUGGAGCGCCAUGCUGUGGGGGCGAGGCGGCGCCUCGCUCGAGGACUGGAUGCUCGCCGACGCUUGGUAUCGCUCGCGCUGCCUGGAGCUGCCCGUCAUGGGCGAUGCCAUGGUUCCCGGCCUCGACAUGAUCAACCACGCGAGCCGGCCGACGGCAUACUACGAAGUCGACGGCGACGGCGACGUCGUGCUCCUCGCCCGACCGGGCCGUGCGAUGGCGCGUGGCCGCGAGGUGACGAUAUCGUACGGCGUGGACAAGUCGGCGGCCGAGAUGCUGUUCAGCUACGGCUUCAUCGACGGAGAUGCCGUCGCGCGGGAGCUGACGCUGCACCUCGACCCGUUGCCCGACGACCCGCUCGCCAAGGCGAAGCUCCACGUCUUCGGCCGUCCGCCCACCGUGCGCUUCUCCCGGUCGCCGGAGACGGACGCGGUCGAAUUCGAGAGCCAGUUUGUCUUUCUCAUGUGUCUCAACGAAGAGGACGGCCUCGAAUUUCGGCUCCUGCAGGACACGAGCGGAGGGCGGCAGCUACGGCUCCUGUGGCAGGGCGAGGAUGUCACGGACAGGGCAACCGAGUUUGAGAGCCUCGUGCGAGGCCACGAGCUCCGUGACGUGUUCAGGCUUCGCGCCGUCACCGUGCUCCACCAGCGGGUCGAGGGUCAGACGAGCAAGAACAAGGCAGCACAGUCCGAGACGGAGCGGCAGGCCUUGGGUGGCAUGGGCUCGCCGCGAGAGGAGCGAGCGCAGGCGGCACGGGCGUUGCUCGAGGCGGAGCUGCAGGUGCUCGAGGCGGCGGCCGAGGCGCUGGAAAACGAGGUGCGUCCCGCCGCGCGCACUCGCAUGGACCCUCGCGAAUACGAAGCGCGAUGGGCCGGACGCGGACGCUCCGUCGGAGGUACCACGAUGCUAACACGACGUGUGCGUGCAGAUGUCCAGCCUACUCGCCCGCGACGACGUGGUGGCAUACCUCGGAUCGAUGGAAGAUUGCCCGAUCGAGCAAGGGGCGACGUCGCCAAGGUCCAAUGA